AUGGAUCUCUUUAGCUUCUUCCUCCAACAAAUUCAAGUUAGCGACAUCCCCUCCCAAACUUUUCUGGAAUACUACCGCCCUGCCAUCUUGUGGUGUUGCAUUGUUUUCCUCAUCGUAAAAGGGAUCCCAGUCACGCAGGUUCGCCCAGAUAAUGCCAAGGCAUCUGUCAAGAAAACCAAAAAGGGCGUGCGUUGGCGUAAACGCAAGCGAGGUCGCAUUUACAAUCAAUACGGCGUGCAAAUUUUGCCCGUGAUUCUUGAAGAGGAGGAGGAGCUGCAGGAAGAAAAUGUCCCAGAAAUGAGAGGAGCAGUCACCUCUGAGCUUUCUUCUCAAAAUGGCAACGGGAUUGAUAACGGCGAUGAUAUCUCUACAACCUCCAACGCCACGGAUGAUGCAUCAAGGGAACAGUGA